ACAAAGCCCACGUAGCCGAUUCCGUGUGAUCCAAAGGCUCCUAGGUGCCGCUUCUUCACUGGAUUGUCCGCACGUGAUCAGCUCCAUAAGCAUGUGAUCGUCGUUCCCCCACCCCACACUCUAUUGUCUCCGAGCUUCUCUCCCUCUCCCUCUCCCUCUCUGGGUUUCCCUAAAAUCUCUCUCUCCCUCUUGGAGGCAGGCAAUGCGUCCAUAGCCCACUUCUACAUCAACAAGGCCAAGCUAGCUUUUUUAUAUGAUUGACUUGCAGUUGAAAAGCUUUGUGGAUGGGGAAGUUGUUUCGAAAGCAGUUGAUGAGAUGGAAGUGAAGUCCUUUUUUUUUGUAGAAAAAUGUGUGAAGGGAUUCUGGCCUGAGGGAAAGUAAUGCAGCAGUUGAUCUGUUUUGAUGGGGUAGCUUAUCUAUGGGUCGGUUUAACUGAGAGAGGUAUCAUGAAUCGUGACAAUUUUUUCCCAUGUAUCUGGAGACGUGCAAUUGUUGAUUUGCUUGUUCUUUGAGUAAGAAUAUGUUCCUUCCUUUUUGGGGUGAUCAAGGUUGUUAGAGCUAUGAUUGUGUUUGUAGUUGAGUUGGGGCAAACAUGUUAAACACUAAACCUCUCGUAAUCGUCCUUCAAGGCAUGGCACCACGAACUCUUCCUCUUCGUCCUACUUCCAGACGGACUCCACGCAAGUUCUUUUGUCUGUUACUGUUGAUAUUUGUGCCUGCAUGUAUAUUUGGACUCUAUACUGAUCACCGGAAAGUUACAUAUUUCUUCCGGCCACUUUGGGAUAAGCCUCCAGCUCCGUUCAUACAGCUGCCACACUACUAUGCAGAAAAUGUAAGUAUGGACCAUCUUUGCCGCCUUCAUGGCUGGUCUCUGCGUGCCACCCCACGCCGUAUUUUUGAUGCCAUCAUCUUCAGCAAUGAAUUAGACUUGCUUGAUAUCAGGUGGCAUGAACUUUAUCCAUAUGUCACAAAAUUUGUAAUCAUCGAGUCAAAUAGUACUUUCACUGGAAUCCCAAAACCUCUCUACUUUGCUUCAAAUCGGAACAGGUUUGCCUUUGCUGAGGAAAAAAUCAUCCACUAUGCCUUUCCUGGAAGAACUCUACGCCGAGGUUCACAUGCAAACCCCUUCAAACUUGAGAGAAAGCAACGUGUAGCUAUGAAUGCUUUACUUCAGCAUGCAGGGAUUUCCUAUGGCGAUGUCGUGAUAAUGUCAGAUACUGAUGAGAUCCCUAGCUCGCAGACUUUGAAACUAUUGCAAUGGUGUGAUGGGAUCCCUUCUAAAAUGCAUCUUGAGCUGAAGCACUACAUGUACUCAUUUGAGUUCCCGGUGGACUUUAGCAGCUGGCGGGCUACAGCUCAGAUCUACAACCCGAAUACCAAAUACCAGCAUACCCGGCAAACUGAUGACAUGCUCUCUGAUGCGGGAUGGCAUUGUAGUUUUUGCUUUCGGCACAUUGAUGACUUUGUGUUCAAAAUGACUGCUUAUAGCCACGCAGACCGUGUGAGGCGGAGAGAUUUUCUGGAUUAUAGAAGAAUACAGAGGCUCAUUUGUCAAGGAGACGAUCUUUUCGAUAUGUUGCCUGAAGAGUACACAUUCAAGGACUUGAUUAAGAAGAUGGGAUCGAUUCCCAAAUCAGCUUCUGCAGUUCAUCUUCCUGCUUAUUUGAUAAAGAAUGCAGACAAGUUUAGGUUUCUUCUCCCUGGAGGCUGUAUCAGAUAAAAGGACUGGUAGCCCUUCUAACUAUUCUAAUGAAAGUAGUUAUUCUGAUCUAGUUAUUUUUUUAGGAAACUCAGAUAGUCUACAGUGCCAAGUUGGUGAGAUUACGACGUUUAUGACUUGUGAGAGAAUCAAAUUCACCUACGGACAAUCGAAUAUUUUCUUUUAUCUCAGA